AAAAUUUUCCAUUGACAAACGAAGAAAGGGAAAUCGAAAGAGCGAAGGCAGUUUCUUCCAAGAAAAAAAGAAAGAAAUUUACGAAGUGACCAUAGAAAAUAUUAACCGGAGCACAGAUUGAUUGAUUAUCCUAAGAUUCAUCAUUUCCAAUCCACAGGUUGUUGCUAUAUUAGCUAAUUUGUUUUCAAUAAGAGCAAAAGUAGAGGCUUCUACUAUUGAUGGAGGGUCUGCCAGACCCAUUAGUUUGGGAGAUUUUGAAUAGAAUUAAAAGAACAGCUGAUAGAAACUCUGUGUCUUUGUCUUGUAAGCAUUUCCACAAUCUGGAUAAUGAACAGAGGCAAUUCCUUAGGGUUGGUUGUGGAUUAGAUCCACCCAAUGAAGCUUUAACUUCACUCUGUAAUAGAUUUCCUAACCUAACAAGAGUGGAGAUAACCUAUUCUGGUUGGAUGUCCAAACUUGGAAAACAGUUGGAUAACCAAGGGCUGUUCAUUCUAUCUAAUUACUGCCCUUCUCUUAGUGACCUCGCCUUGAGCUACUGUACUGUUAUCACUGAUGAGGGUCUCUCUUACUUGUCUUCUUGCUCCAAACUUUCAGCCUUGAAAUUGAAUUUCACACCUAGAAUUACCGGUUGUGGUAUAUUAUCUCUUGUUGUUGGCUGCAAAAACUUGACCAUUCUCCAUCUUAUCCGAUGCUUGAAUGUCAGUAGUGUUGAAUGGCUUGAGUAUCUUGGCAAGCUUGAAACACUCGAAGAUCUCACAAUCAAGAAUUGUAGGGCUAUUGGAGAAGGAGAUUUGAUUAAACUUGGCCAGAGUUGGCGAAAAAUUAAACGUUUGCAAUUCGAGGUGGAUGCUAAUUACAGAUAUAUGAAAGUUUAUGACCGUUUAGCUGUUGAUAGAUGGCAAAAGCAAUGUGUGCCUUGUGACAAUAUGUUAGAGCUCAGCUUGGUUAAUUGCAUUAUAAGCGCAGGCAGAGGGCUUGCUUGUGUUUUAGGAAAAUGCAAAAACUUAGAGAAGAUUCACUUGGACAUGUGUGUUGGGGUAAGAGACUGUGACAUAGUAAGCUUGGCCCGAAAAUCAAAAAACCUCCGCAGCAUAUCUCUUCGAAUUCCUUCUGAUUUCUCCUUCCCUGUAUAUCUGAACAACCCUUUAAGACUAAGUGAUGAAAGUCUAAAAGCUCUGGCUCAGAACUGUCCAAUGCUUGAAUCCAUCAAGAUAUCUUUUUCUGAUGGAGAGUUCCCUUCAUUUUCCUCGUUUACCUUAUGUGGGAUUGUUUCUCUGAUACAAAAGUGUCCAGUGAAGGAACUUUCCUUUGAUCAAGUCUAUUCCUUCAACGAUAUUGGUAUGCAAGCUCUUUGCUUGGCUCAAUAUCUUGAAAAAUUAGAGCUUGUCAGAUGCCAAGAGAUUACUGAUGAAGGGCUGCAUCUUGUGAGCCAGUUUUCUCGAUUACGAAUCUUGCGCCUAUUCAAAUGUUUAGGUGUAACCAAUGAUGGGUUGAAGCCACUACUUGGCUCUUACAAACUGGAACUUUUAGCUGUCGAAGAUUGUCCUCAAAUUUCUGAGAGGGGUAUGGUGGGAGCUGCAAGAUCCAUUUCUUUCAGGCAAGACCUGUCUUGGAUGUUUUGAAUAUCUUCCUAGCUUAUUAUAUAUACUGUAAGUUAUGUUUAUACACAGUUAUCUAUCUUUGUAUUUGUUCUUUUAUCAGUAUAACGUGUACUAUUGCUUUCUCUCUUUGUAUAUAGCUUGCUUGUUGUAUUGUUUUCACAGUUAUUUCUUAAUAUCACAUUGUUGUGAAUUGUACACACGUUUCAAUCUUAUUCACUAUAUAAUAAAAGUAAUUACAGAUGUUGGUGGUAAA